UCCACGAAUCCAUUUCAAUAGAGAUCGAUCCUAAAACAAUUCAAAACCACAAUGUUCAACACCAGCACCAACACCAGCGUCUCGAUCUCAGUAUCAGACGAAGAGGCUAACGAUUUGAAUCGGAUCCGAGCUCGAACCCGACGAAAGCGGAAGAAACUGAGUCAUCGAACCAGCUACGAGCUACCUCGUUACGUUCUAAGGCUUUUCGUGAGGUAUUGGGUGGUUUUGGUUUUUCUUCUUGCUGUUGGGUUGCUUGGGUAUGAAUCAACGAGGAUUGGGAUCAAAUCUAGUGAGCUGAAGACUCCAGAUUCGAGUGGGAAAGAGAGUCCAAGCAACAAAAAUGAAGGGAAUUUGAAUAGGUUGGAUCCGACUAUGAAGGUUAUAGGUGGUGUUAAGCAACGUUGUUUAAAGCUUCUGCCUCCGGAGGAGCUUGAACAUCUUGAUAUAUUGGAGCAUAAAGAUUCAGGCUCUCCGGUUAAGAGAGUUGUUUAUCUAACCGAUUCGGAUGUGUCGAUGGGAGAAAAGAAAGCUGUUCGUAGUAAUGGGACACGGUUUAAUUUAUUCACGGGGAACCAGACUUUUGCUGAGAGAGAGAAUAGUUAUCAGGUAAGGGAAACAGUUUCUGUGCAUUGUGGAUUUUUCAAUGAAAAUGGGGGAUUUAGAAUUUCGGACAAGGAUAAGAAGUUUAUGCAGACAUGUGAAGUUGUAGUCUCGACAUGUGCGUUUGGUGGUGGAGAUAACCUAUAUCAGCCUAUCGGAAUGUCUAAGGCAUCAAGUCAAAAGGUUUGUUAUGUCGCGUUUUGGGAUGAGGUUACUCUCGCAACACAAGAAUCAGAGGGUCAUAAGAUUGAUGAGAAUGAACACAUUGGAAAGUGGCGUAUUGUGAUCGUAAAGGAUCUGCCUUUUACAGACCAAAGGCUUAAUGGGAAGAUCCCAAAGAUGUUGGCCCAUCGUCUUUUCCCGGAUGCUAAGUACUCGAUCUGGGUAGACUCAAAGUCCCAGUUUAGAAGGGAUCCACUUGGUGUAUUGGAUGCUCUUCUUUGGCGAACAAACUCGGUGCUUGCAAUAUCAGAACAUGGAGCUCGAAGCAGCGUAUAUGACGAGGCAAAAGCUGUUGUCAAGAAACACAAAGCUACACCUGAAGAAGUUGAAGUGCAAAUAAAUCAAUACCGGCGUGACAAUUUACCCGAAGAUAAAAGAUUCAACGGGAAAAAGGCUUUAUCUGAAGCCUCUGUGAUUGUGAGAGAACACACUCCAUUGACCAAUCUAUUCAUGUGCCUCUGGUUCAACGAAGUUGUUCGCUUCACUUCUCGCGAUCAAUUGAGUUUCCCAUACGUUCUUUGGCGAUUAAAAGUUCUCAAGAACAUCAACAUGUUCCCUGUGUGUACACGUAAAGAUCUCGUCAAUAGCAUAGGUCAUGUGCGCAAGGCAAAACCAUUAAGUUAGUCUACGAAUGUACCUUAACUUUCCAAUUCAUUUGUUUAUUUUAGAAUCUUUAUUGUAUU